GUGUGUGUCGUGGUCGGUUGAACGGGCGGUUCUUGGGCUCGUGCCAGCUCUGGGAGGUUGCGGACGCCCUCGGCCUGCGAAGGCAGCUUGUUGGCUGAGGCGACAAGCUAGCUAGCCCUGUCACAGCACCCGUGACAGCACCCGUCGCAAGUAUGGCUGUUGCUGGCCAUCAGCUCCGACGACGGUCGAGCUCACCUGCGUCCCCCACGCGCCGAAAGUGGACACGCGCCCACGCCAGUGCCAGUCAGCGCAAGCAAUGGCCAAACUGGACGUCCUCCGUGCUGUGGGCCCUUGUGGCCCUGGCCCCCUUGCUCAUCCUCAUGUAUCUUGAGGUCUGCCGCGUUGGUGAAGUCGCCUACCUCCAGUUUCACCCCAGCCCCGACCAGCUCCCAGCAACCCUGGCUCUUCGCAGGGUGAAUCACCGCGAAACACUUGGCAGUGACUGCCACAAUUAUGGUGUUGGAGACGACAUUUACUUUCCACGAUUUCAAGGCGAGCAUUGCGGGCUCUCCGAGUUUGAGGCCUCUCCAGGUCACGGUGGCCUCUUUCCCGUGCUGCACAAGCUGCAGUUUGUCACCAAGACCUUUGCAAAUGAGCAAGCUGCCCAUGACUACUAUUGGCGCUUUUGGGGCCGCCACGCCUACGAGCCGGUCCCCUACCGCCUCAUGAGUGACGUCACGCUCGCCACACCCGGCAUCGGUAUGGAGCCACAUGUUCUCCUGUGGGAUCCUGUGCUGUAUGGCGUGUCCGAUGCACAGGGUCUUGGCGUGGAUCUUCCUGCCAAUUCGCGAGCCAAACACGUAAUGUAUAUUUUUCGCUCCGGACGCACCUUUGUCAAGGUCACGGCUAGUGGUCCUGAACACCAGCUCGCCGUUGCCCUCACCCCUGAGCUCGUCAGCGAACUGGCCCACGUGGUCCACCUCAACAUCCAAAUGCACGACGCGCAGUCAUGGGCACGCGCCUACCGAGCCUGCAGCACCCAGCUCCGCGCUCGUGUCCGCGCCAGCAUGAGCUCGGUGGGCCGGCAGGUCGAGCAAACAUGGCGCAACCAAACUGCAAAAAUGUCAGCCUCUGUCGCCGCUGCCAACUGGUCGUGGCCUCGAGGACUCACCCUCGAGGCUUGGCAAAGCAACGCCUCCUCGACCGCCUCGUUCCGCGACAUCUUCUUUGAUCAGUCCCAGGGUCUGAGCAGUCCACCAGAAGCCACACAUGACGCAACCGCCCUUGUUGUAGCCGAUGCCAUGGACGAAGACGCCGGUCGCAACUUCUCGGACCAACAGAUGCGCCCACCUUAUGAUCUGCAGCCCCUGCACGCCGUCACGAGAAGCUACAGUCAACUGGCCCGAUUGAAUGCAUUUUUGCAAAACUCGCCCCAACUUGGUUUCUGGGAAUUUAUCACCCACGUUCUAUUAUUGGCUGCCGUGUGUGGUCUAGCUUGGGCCAGCGUUUCGCUCGAGGCACCCAAGAAUAGAUUGGCCGACGCGCGCAUGCUGCGUGCAAGUGCUUAA